AUGCAGAGUAUCAAGUGUACUCUCCUUGUCUCUUUGGCUCUCCUCGCCAAUGUUGUAGACGCUUUCAGCAUACACCAUAACCCCGCGUCACGGAGACACCACGUUGCUCGUGUCCCAGCGCCAGAACCCCCUGCUAUCCAGCAAAAUGUUACUUCCAGAAGUCUAGAGAAGCGUUUCGACGGCGCCAGGUUUACCUUUUACGAUGCUGGACUCGGUGCAUGUGGAAAGGUCAAUUCUGGCGGUGACUUUAUUGUCGCUUUGAAUUCUGCUCAAUACGCAGGUGGUGCCCAUUGUUUUGAGACCAUAACAAUCAGUGUCAAUGGCAAAUCUCAUUCUGCGCAAAUUGUCGACGAGUGCCCGGGUUGCCCAUUUGCUGGCCUGGAUUUCUCCCGCGGUCUCUUUGAUUUCUUUGCACCAGAGUCUGAGGGUGUUUUGACCGGUUCGUGGAACUUUGGAGGAUCAGCUGCCCCACCGCCUCCUCCACCUCCUCCGCCUCCUCCCCCACCACCACCGCCGCCGCCGCCGCCGCCCAAACAUACCCCACCUCCGCCUCCGCCUCCUCCCCCUCCACCAAAGACAACCGAACAUCACGAUACCCCCAAGCCGACACCUACACCAACGCCUUCGAGCACACAUUCUUCAACUCCUUCUUCAUCUGCGACACCUUCAUCGUCGGCGUCUGCUUCUGCUUCCAGUGACGCUGCCCGAUCAGCUUCCAAGUCUGCAAGCGCGUCGGCAUCUGCCAGUGCCUCCAGUGUACCCGUUGCCCCUGAUAGUGGCAAUGUGCAGCAGAUGUAUCAAGUGUUUGUGCAGAUGGGCUCUUUGGUCAUGGCUGGUGGAGCCAAUGGAGGAGGCUCGAGUUAA